UGCUUACGCAUGUAGGACGCAUAGCCAGCGUUUGUUCAGAGUUAUUAAGUAUCACUAAAUAAAUAUUUUUGCUCGUGUAGAUAAUCCCCAAACUGUAUUGUAUUUCUAAAACCAGAUGGUUAUCUCGAGGAAUUGAGCUAGUUAACAGCCUUAAACCGCGAACAUCUGUAUCAUAGAUGUUGACACUACCUCUUUCAGAUCAUUUACUCAGGAAGUACUGGCACCAGCUGAGGGGAUCUAAUAAAGAUGAUGCGCUACUGGGGUGAGCUCCCGGUGGCUUCUGCCCCACCAGGCCGCAGCUCCUUUGAUCUCCUGCAGCGUGAAUUUCGGCAGGUCGAGAUGCAGGACCCUCCUCUGCACCAGCCAUCAGCACGGCGUCCUCGGCCCACCACCAUGCUGGACAUUCCCUCUGAGCCCUGCAGCCUCACAAUCCACACGGUGCAGCUGUGCCAGCAUGCCCGACGACUCCGCAGCCUAAUCACGGCAGCACAGCAACCCCCAGGCACUGGGUCUGAGACUCAGGGUCUCAUCAAAGCAGAAGAUAUGGAUUCACUACCACCACGUCCGGUCACACCGGCAGCACCGGAUGAUCUGCUGCCUCUGGACAGCAAAGCACCUCGUGAGCUGUUCCAGCUGCGGCACAGCGACCCAGAGAGCGACUUCUACAAGGGUGAAGGAGAGCCAGUGACAGAGUUGAGCUGGCCCUCAUGCCGCCAGCUCCUGUACCAGUCAGUUGCCACAGUGUUGGCGCACGCAGGUUUUGAGUCAGCGAUGGAGAGCGUGCUGGAGACCCUGACUGACCUGGUGCAUGAGCAUUACCUGCGUCUGACUCGGCUGCUGCGCGUGGCCGUGGACCGCGAGGCCCGUCUCGGCUCCACUCCUUUUCCUGAUGUGGUGGAGCAGGUCUUCCAUGAGGUGGGCAUCGGCAGUGUGCUGGCUCUGCAGCGCUUCUGGCAAGUCCGCAUUAAAGACUACCACAGCUACAUGCUUCAGGUCAGCAAAGAGCUCUCAGACGAGUACGAGAGAUUGGUAAACCCAGAGAAGGCUCUGGAGGAUUCCAAGCCACUUAAAGUGAAGGAGGAACCUAUUAGUGAUCUUGCUUUCCCUCUGAAUGAGGAAGCUGAGGGAGAGUUGAUUUCAGCAGAACAAUCAAUGUCCACUGGAGUACUGGGAAUGUCCAGUGACAGACUGGCUGGAGGACUGGAGGAUGGACACUCGCCUCACACCUCAGGUGCAGCAGGAAAUGGCUCCCCCUUGUGGCAGCUGCAGCAGGUAAAGAUGGAGCCGCAGGACAGUGAGGAGGGCCAGGUUUCAGGCCAUGGCGUUCUCACAAGUGAUGUCUUUGAGGAGGGCCCUAUGUCCACCAUAAGCGACGCUGGAACAGCUCCGUCUCCCGGCGGCUCGGACGCCAGCUAUGGCUCUCACUCCCCGGACUCAAUGAUAGGCACCUCCCCUUUCAACCAGCGGCCGAAGAAAAGAAUGCGCAAAGUGUAACCACGUAUUUAAAGACUUGUUGCACAAUCUUGAUGAUUGUGAUGGAAGAUAUGGUUUCCUUUUGUGGUAUUUUGUAUUAGGGCCAGUGAAAAUAAAUCAAGGUUAUGCUAAGAUGACUGUGUUUAUGUGACUGAAAGGGAGUAUUCUCUAACAAGUGGCUCCUGGUCAAUGUUUUAUCUGCUUACUAUGCCACAUGGUUUGUAUUGUUCAGCGUUUGAAAAACAAGCAUCUGUUUAUUGUAAUGGAGCGACACGGGAAUCACCUCAAGGGGAAUAAUUAUAGGCGGUGUUUGCUUCAGAAUGUACAGGUACAUCAAUCAAGGGAUAAUGGCAAAUUAAUUACAGCACACAUAAAUCUGCAUAUUAAAUAGACAGGCUAUUACAAUUCCUGUUCCAGCACUGAACAUUUCCACUUGUCACAGUGGAAGCAGGGCAUUGUGUGCAAGCCAGAUGCACAAGGAAUACCGCUGAGGCUAAACAUCCACCCACAUACACCAGCAUCCCAUGUUACCAUAAAUGAUCAAUUAGCACAGGAAAUUACAGGUGUAUUUUUAAAAAUUAAUCUGAUGUUGGUAUCGUAACUCUCAAGGGCUCAUGCUUGAAUCUGACUUAUGUAAAUGUCAUUUCUGUUGCAAGCUGUAGAUAAAUACAGGGACUCAUUUUUUUAAACCUAUAAGAACAGUCCAUGCGAACCUACUAUCAAAAGUUAAACAGUGAAAGCUUCCUUUAUACUGGACCAUACUUAUGAUAAAUCAUUUCUAUCCUGAUAGGAGUGGUCUCUUCCAGGAUGAUCCCGCCCCCAUCCACAGGGCUUGAGGGCUCACUGAAUAGUUUGAUGAGGAUGCAAAUCAUAUGCUAUGGCCUUCACACUCACCCAAUUGGAGUGAUGUUUUAGACAGGGCUCUCCACCACCAUCAUCAAAAUGCCAACUGAGGAAAUAUUUUUGAGAACAAUGUUGUUCAUCUGUCCGAUACAGUUCCAGAGUCUGUGCAUCGAAGAUGUCUUAGUGGCACAACACCUUACCAAGACACUUAAUGUUGGUUUUUCCUUGAAUUUGUCACUAUGAUCUACUCCUCUUUGCUACAUUAACAGUCUGAAAUGGGAAAGAGGAAUGUCUUUUUUUUUUUUUAAUGACACAAACUCUAAGCAACAGUCAGAAAUGUAUUGUCUGGUCAUCUAUUUUCUUAAAUAAGAGCAAAUCCUGUUAUUAAAAAAUGAUAUUGUAUAUUGUUACUAACAACUUGUCAAAUAAAUUGGCAUAAUUAGUAGGC